CUAGAGUUCACCUCUCUCUCACUUACUACUUCUUGCUUACUUAGACGCUGAAUCAAAUCAUCCUAGUACUCAACAUUCCCAACACAUCAUGUGUCACAGAAGCUGGAAGCGAGGCAAAUAUGACACUCCAAACCCAUGGGCCUGGAACGGCGGCUUCCCCUACGGUGGAAGCCACAACAGCUUCUCUUGGAACAACAACACCGGAAAUACCACCUCGACCAACUGUGGCAACACGACUUCGGAGAACUGCGGUAAUACGACCACCAACUACAACAGCAGUAGGAAUGUGACCACAUGGACCGAUACUGCAACCGCCCACCACAACAGUAAGAGUGGGAACAGGACCACCCGAACCAGUGAUAUCUCGGCGAAUAGAGGAAAUGCGAGUAAGGGGGGCGCCACGGGUGGCGGGUCCGAUUUGGCAUCUUUUUUCUUCAAGGUGCCGGAUGAUGUUGUGGUUGGUAGUGGUGAGCGUAUAUUUUUCGGUUGAUAGACUUGAUUUCUCAAAGGGGCUGAGAGGCUUUGGCUGCUCCGCACAUCGAUCUGCGUUCUAUAAUAACGAGUCAUGAAUUGGUCGAGCGAUCGGUCGAAUUAAUGGUGUCUGGUUCCGGGAGAGAAUGAGUAAAUUUCGUCACUCUGGUGUUCUUUUCGACACUUCAUUGGCUUUUGGUGUUGUUAUUUGUAUUACUUGAGCUCUCAUACGCAUCUUUUCAGCAUCGUUUGUAUGGCGUUUGCUUGUUUGCCGUUCUUGAUGUUUGACAUUGGACUAUUCGAAGUUCUCCACACUUGUCUAUGAGCAG